UUUUCUGUAAUACAUAAAUAUAAUCAGAAAAUUUUUCUACAAGUAUUUUUGCGACUAUAGAUUGUGUAUGUCGUUCUUGUGUAGGUUUAGGAGCAAUUUUCGUUCGUAAAAAUGUUUACACUUAAUCCAGUUUUCAUCGAUAAUAGGGAAUAUAGUAGCAACGUUUUAUGCGUCGUACAUUUUCAUUCUGAAUAACUUAGUAGGUCCAUAUGUUUAUAGUUAAGCUAUAACAGUAAGUGAUCAAUGGAACAUCAGACUUUGCGCUCGCGCCGUCGUACUUCACUCGUCAAUGUAUAUUCCCUCUUCUUUGCUUCGAAUGUUUAUACUUAAAUCAGUAAAAAAUUAGUUAAUUUCUAAAUUGUAAUCAGAGUUAUAAAUUCGAAUUCCAUAUAUAAUGAUAAAUAUAUAACAUUCGUACUAUCGUUCUUUUAUACUUUGAUACACUUCCUUCGAGUGUAAUUAAUCAUUAUAAUAUAUACAAGUAUUGACUACACAAACAAUUGUUCGAAAUCAUAGAUUCGUCAUGUUUUCCCCACCAAUUUUGGUACCUGGAAGUGAACAUCGAGCAUCACAAUCUGAAACUCAUUCUAUGUCUGUUGGGAGUACUUCUGAUUCCUUUAAGACUAUGACACCACCGAAUGUAAGCAGAUCACUUAGUAACCGUAUUAGUGACAGUGGAUAUGGUACAUUACCAAGUAAGCUAGAACCAGUGGAUCAACAUCUUCGACGAAGCAGUGUUCAAGUUCAAUCUGCAACAUUACCUAAACUUCCAUCAACAGAGUCCCUAUCAACAACUGUAAAUUUUGCAACUGCUGCACCUCCACUAUCUCCAGGAUUAACAACUACAAUGGGAGAAACUAAUCAAAAAACAGAUAAUGCAUCUGAUAAGUCUUUAGAUUCUUCUAAAUUAACAAGAAAAGAAUCAUACAAAGCUCAAAGGAAGAAUUACCGAAUGGAGAAGAAAAGAGUUGCCAAUGAACUCUUAAGCUCAUUUAAGGAUCCAACUGUUAUUGUGAUGAGUGAUUGGCUUAAAGUUCGUGGUACAUUAAAAAGUUGGACAAAAUUAUGGUGUAUUCUGAAGCCUGGUUUACUACUGUUAUACAAAAGUCCAAAAACAAAAAGUAAUCAUUGGGUGGGAACGGUUUUACUUAAUACAUGUCAAGUAAUAGAACGUCCAAGUAAGAAAGAUGGAUUUUGUUUUAAAUUAUUUCAUCCUUUGGAACAAUCAAUAUGGGCUCCAAGAGGUCCGGAAAAAGAAGCUAUUGGUGCUGUUGUACAACCUUUGCCAACAUCUUACUUAAUAUUUAGAGCACCUUCACAGGCAGCUGGUAAAUGUUGGUUGGAUGCACUUGAAUUAUCUUUACGUUAUUCGUCUUUGAUAGUGCGUUCAACAAGUGCCUUGCCACGUACUUUACCACAUGAUACUACAACAACUCAUGAAACUCAAUGGAGUGAAGCAGAUUAUGAAAAAUACUUUGAUGAACAUGACCUGGACGAUAUUAGCCAGCCAGAAAAUGGAGUAGCAGCUGAUGCAGAAAUUAGUGCUUCGGACAGCGAAUCUGAAGGAUCAGCUAAAGAAGAUCAACAAGAAACAAUUAACGAAACUCCAUAUGCUGCCAAUGAACAAGAAGUCCUUGGAGCGGCUGGAGAAGUUGUUACGGAAUUACAGGAAGAACAAAAAUCUUUAAUAUGGUUCUUAAUGAAACAAGUUCGACCAGGCAUGGAUUUAUCGAAAGUAGUCUUACCGACUUUUAUUUUAGAACCUCGUUCAUUUCUAGAAAAAUUGGCUGAUUCUUAUUACCAUGCAGAUUUAUUGUCUCAAGCAGUAGUGGAAGAUGAUGCAUUUACACGUAUGAAAGGUGUUGUUAAAUGGUAUUUAUCUGGAUUUUAUAAAAAACCUCAAGGUUUAAAGAAACCAUAUAAUCCGCUUUUGGGUGAAACUUUCCGCUGCUAUUGGCAGCAUCCUAAUGGUUCGAGAACUUUCUAUAUAGCUGAACAGCUCUCUCAUCAUCCACCUAUAUCAGGGUUUUACGUUACAAAUCGACAAGAUGGAUUUACUAUUAGUGCUACAAUUAUUGCUAAAUCUAAAUUUUAUGGAAAUUCAACAUCAGCAGUUUUAGAUGGUGUUGCAAUACUAACAAUGUUGCCCAGAGGAGAAGAUUAUACAAUGACAAUACCUUAUGCCCAUUGUAAAGGAAUUCUUAUGGGAACAUUGUCUAUGGAAUUAGGUGGAAAAGUUCACAUAAAUUGUGAGAAAACAGGCUAUCAUACUGAACUAGAAUUUAAACUUAAGCCAUUUCUUGGAGGUGCAGAACAAAUGAAUCAAGUUGUAGGAGCAAUACGUUUAGGAAAAGAAACUCUUGCCACUAUAUCAGGUUAUUGGGAUGGUCAAAUACUGAUUACAGAUAAAAGAACUAAGCAAGAAAAUGUAUUCUUCAAUCCUACUUCAGAAGUACGCAAAAACAGAUUGAAAAAAUACACUGUGCCUUUAGAACAUCAAGGUCCAUGGGAGAGUGAGAAAUUAUGGAUUGAUGUUACUCAGGCAAUUAAUCGAGAUGAUCAAAUAGCUGCCACUGAAGCAAAAACUCAAUUGGAAGAAGCACAAAGAGAACGUGCUAAAGAACGAAAAAUUAAAGGACAGGAAUGGAUUCCCAAGCAUUUUGUUCAGGAUAUUAUAACAGGUAAUUGGGUUUAUCGACAUGCGGACGUUCGACCAUGGGAUCCUAGAAAUGAUGUUGUGCAAUAUGAACAAGAUUAUAUAGUGCGUACGAAAACUAGACACAAAACACCAAUUAUGCGUACUGGUAGUAUCGUAUCUGCUGAACCACAGACACAGGUGCCACUUCUUCAAGCUGAUUCACGUUCUUCGCUUUCUGUAUUAAAAUCUUCUAAAAGACAAUUGUCUAAUAAUUUACCAUUAACAGAGACUGCUCAUGAUUCUGGAAGUUCUUCUGCAGAAGUACACUCAGAUUCUAGUCAGUCAGUAGGUAAAAGAAAACGUUCUACAGCACGGAUAAUAGAUGUUAUUAAAGAUGUAGAAAGACAAAUGUUAGAACAUGGUGAUAGACUUAAUCGUAUACAACAUAUAUUAGAGCAACUUGCUAUAAAACAAAGAGAACAAGGUGAUCAACACCAUAGUAUAAGUAUGUUGAAAAGCUUCAUAGAUACGAUUCUUGUUAUUAUAAUAGUUUUCUCUGUACAAUACUUUGUAAAAAUAUGGACCGACGAACCUAGUGGAGGUUGAAGAGUACACUAAUAAGAUCGUAGUAAAUUGUACAUAUUAUUUAUCUUGUCUCAAUUUGAAUUAGCUUUUGUGUCAGGAAAAAGCUUUGAAAAGAGAAAUCUUAAAAUUUAAAGUACCUAAUUUGUACAUGUUUUUUAGCGAAGAUAAUAAAACAUGUUAUUUUUAAUAGAAUAUCGCUAAAAGAAUAGAAUAAAAAGAUUUAAAACUAUUAAAGAUAUAUUUAUUUAGAUAACACACAGUGCAAUGUUAUUUCAUUUAUAGCUUUCGAAAAUUAAAAUUUUGAUUUGUAAAAUGAUAUAUUCUUUGACUAUAUGAAUGUAGACUUCAUUUUCUAGUACUAAUGUAAUGCUUUUAGUCUUUGUUAAACGUUCCUCACAACAGCAAUGAACUAUACGAGAUAAAGGGAUUGAAUUUCUUUGAGCUUAUCAUGUAUGUAAUAUUUUUAUGUGCUAAUGCACAAGAAAAUCAUUAUAUAUUUAUUCAGAAAUUCUAACGAUGUUAUAGUAUUUAUUGCAGGCGCUCAAUAGUAAACUGUAUCGAUAAUAAUAAGAUUAUUAUAAAGGUAUAACAUGCAUAUAAAUUUUAUUAUCUUACGAUUAUAAAACAUGGAAAGCUAAUUGCAGUUUCAAGUAAAACAUAGAAUCAAUUUUAUAGUGUUUAUUUAUGGAUUGAUCGUAAUUUGAAAAUAUUAAAUGAUCAUCAGUAUUAUUAUUAUUAUUAUAAUUAGUAAAUAGAAACUCUUAAUAAAAUAAGUACCAAAAAUAUUCAAAUUGUUCAUAUAAUAUGAAACAAGAACGUCCAAAUUUUUCGUACAUAGCUUGAAUUAUGAUUUUAUUUUGUAUCAUUUGAAUUUUUCUAUUCAUAAAUAUAUUAUGAUAUAUUUAAUAUUAGAGCAACAUUAUGCUUUUAUAUUUAGAAUGAUUUAUAUUGAUGAUAGUUUUAUAGUCUAAUAAUUUAAGGCAUAUUUUUAAAAAUACUUAAAUAUGCUACAUAUUUAGAGCGAUUGCACCUUUACGAUUUAUUAUGUAAAUUUGCUGUGUUUAGAUAUGAUUCAACAUUUAUUUCAAAAAUAGAAAUAAAUUUCUAACUAACGUACUUUUUAAAUAACUACUUUUAUACCACAGUAAUUACAUUGUUAAAAUAACAAUUUAUAACAAAUGAUCUUCAAAUUUAGUAAUAUGUUAUAUCAAAUUAAAAAUGUGGACAAUAUAUACAAUAAAUACAUUAAUAAUUUUGUAACAAUCCAAGUUUAAAAUUGGCUUUUUAACUCAGAAUAAAAUAGUAAUUUAAAUAGCAUUCAAUAUUUUUUUUAUGGAAAGUUUAUAUAAAAAUAAAAUUUAAUUGAUGUUUUUAUAUUAUACUUUAAUAUUUAAAAGAUUUUCUUUUCAUUAAAGAAUACUGAAAUGUUUAUAUAAUAAUAUGUUUAUUAUUAGUAUAAAUUCAUUCCUGUUAUAAAAGUAAAUGUUAAUAAUAUCAUCUAUAAAAUUUCAAUAUCAUAAUAAGAAUUUUGUUAAAUAAUAAUUUUCAUUGAAUAUCAUUUUUUUAAGAACAAAGAAAUAAAACAAUCCUCAAUUGUUAAUAUCUUUAUUUGUAUAAAAAUUUUGGGAUAUAGAAUCAAAUAUUCUAUCGUAUAAUUAUUCAAUCACUUAAGACAUUGUAAUAUUUAUCAAAAUUUAUUAUUAGCUUUUUUUCAUGAUGUUGUUUUAAAAAGAAUUGAAGAAAAAUAUUUGUUCUCUUUAAACACUGCAAUUAGCUCUAAAAAUUAUUUUUUUUUUUUUGUAAAUUUAUAUAUCUUAUUUUAAUUCAUUUUGUCGAUACUUGUACAUAAAAGAAAAGAAGAUUCAAGUACGGCCUUAAUAUCUAUAUCGCAUUUUGCACAAAACUUCGUAAUUAUUUUCUAUUUGUACUAUUUUUAUUUAAUUUUUCACAUAUAAAAUGGUUGAUUAUAAUUGAGUAAUUCCUGAUAUCUCAAUGUAAAAAUGUUAUAAAUAAAC